AUGGAUUCGAACCUGGAGAAAGGGACCGAGACCGCCCGGGUUGAGAAUGUUGACCCACCAAAUGCGGAAGACCUCGAUGAAAGAACGGCCAAGCUGCCAACAGAAGUCUUUCCCGGGAUCACCAAAGAGACAGUGUGGGCGUUUCUAGCAAUUUGCACACAGCUCAGCGCAUACGAAAUGACACUACUCAUUCCUUCGGUGGCUAUCAGCUACAUCCGAGCAGAUCUCGGACCCACGUCAACCUCCUACCCUUGGAUCAACAUAACCUGGUCGCUUGGGGCCGCCAUCCUGGUCUCUGUUGGUGGACGUCUAUCCGACAUCUUCGGACGGAGAUACUUCAUGCUCUGCGGCGCCGUCAUUUCCUUCGUCGGCACCAUCGUCGGCGCCACAGGUCAAAGCAUCACCCAGAUGAUUGUGAGUGGUGUGCUCUUCGGGGUGGGCUCUGGCUUCCAGGAAAUGGGAUUCGCUUGUAUCAUGGAGUUCAUUCCUAACAAGUAUCGACUGUCCGCUCUUGGUAAGUUCCCCCUUGCACGCAAAGAUACCUUCAGUCAGCAGCUGCUAAGACCUCACAUCAGGCUCUACGGCACCUUCGCUCUGCCAUGUAUCUGCACGCCUAUCAUCACGUACGUCUUCAUCGCCAAGACAGCGAUUGGAUGGCGAGGUGCAUACUGGCUUAUGACUGCAUGGCACGGUUUUGGCAUCGUCUGCAUGUAUUUGUUCUACCAUCCACCUAAGUUCAGCACCAAGCACAGUGAAGACCAGGCCUCUAAGUGGACACUUCUCAAGGAGCUGGACUAUGUCGGUUUGCUACUGUUUACCGCUGGUACGACGCUAUUCCUGGUCGGCCUCAAUUUUGGUGGUCGGAGUCAUCCCUGGGCCAGCGCAGCAACCAUUGCACCCAUUGUUAUCGGCUUCUUGUGUCUGGUAGCGCUGUUCGUUUGGGUAUUCAACGUCCCGAUGAAGUAUCCUUUGCUUCCGCCGCAAUUGUUUCGACAGUGGCGCGGAUACAACGUCUUGGUGAUCGUGAGCUUCUGCCUUGGCAUGCUAUACUACAGUAUGCAGGUUCUGUGGCCGCGACAGUCGUCACUCUUGUUCGCAUCAGCCGAUCAGCCUAUCAUGCGUGGCGUGUACGCCAAUCUGACUCUCUGGGGUACCUGGUUGUCCCUAAUUUCUGUCUGGGUCAUCUGCGCGCGACUCGGGCACGAGAAAUGGCAAAUCUUGUUCUUCAUCUGCGUGCAAACCAUCUUCAUCGGGUGCCUCUCCUCCGUGGAGGCCACCCAGAAGGGCAAAGCUAUCGCGUUAGUUUUCGGCAUGUCACUUUUCAUCAAUCAAGCCCUCUACCUACUUUUCGGGAUGGUGUCCCUCAACAUCGACCACCAGAAAGACAUGGGCGUGGCAAUCGGAGCAAUGUCUACAUUCCGUCUUCUCGGCGGCGCUGUGGCCACCGCGAUAUACUCGAGCAUCGUCGACAACCAAUUUGCCGAUCAGUUGUCUAGACAAUUGCAAACGACCGUAGCUGCGACUGGCGCAUUCGACUUGUCGGACCGUGCCAACUAUCAAGCCCUGCUCACCGCGGCGAAACUCAACACAGCUGCUGCGUACAAGAAAGUGCCUGGAAUCUCGGCACAAGUCAUCAGCGCUAGCCAGUGGGCAGUGAAGCUGUCCUACACCGAAGCCUUCCGAGUAGUCUACUACACGGCGUUGGGUUUUGCGUUGUUGGCGGUCAUUAGUGCAUCAUUGGUGAGGAACACAGAUCCGGCGAAGAAGAAUAUGGAAAAGGCCGUUGUUUUGGAGAACGAGAAGACUGCUGUUGAUAAGAAGCUGUCGGGUUAUAACGCGGCGUGA